AUGAAGAGAAAUUGUCCACAGCUGCUACGACUAGAGCAAAAGAAGAAUGAUACACCCGCUCCUGAUCGAGUGUUUUCCCGGACUCAAGUUGAGGCUGAUGCUGGUCCUUCCACUGUCACAGGUCAACUUUCUGUUGCUGAGGAGUUACCGGGGUUACCACCAGAACGUGAAAUUGAUUUUGAGAUUGAUCUAAUACCGGGGGUAGAGCCUGUAUCGAAAGCUCCCUGCAGGAUGGCACCUACAGAGUUGAAAGAGUUAAAAGAGUUAAACAAGUUGACAUUGAAGAAUAAGUACCCUUUGCCAAGGAUAGAUGAUUUAUUUGAUCAGCUGCGUGGAAAGACCGUCUUCUCUAAGAUCGAUCUUCGGUCUGGUUCUCGCCAGCUGAUGAUUCGGGAAGAGGAUAUUCCCAAAAUAGCUUUCCAGACCCGGUAUGGCCACUAUGAAUUUCUAGUGAAUUUUUUGGGACACAUGGUAAGUAAAGAUGGUAUUUUAGUGGAUCCAGUGAAGAUUGAAGCGGUACGAGAUUGGCGUCGACCUAAGUCAGCAACCAAAGUUAGAAGUUUCCUGGGAUUGGGAGGAUAUUAUAGAAGGUUUGUUGAGGGCUUUGCAAAGAUUUCUACGCCCUUAACAGAGCUGACUCAAAAGAACUGCAAGUUCGUUUUGAUUGAUAAGUGUGAAAGUAGUUUCCAAGAACUGCAGUUGAAAGAGUAUGAACAACGAUAUCCUACUCAUGAUAUUGAAUUAGCAGCCCUUGUUUCUGCAUUGAAAGUAGAGCCCACGCCAUCUGUUGCCUUCGUUCGUCUUUGUGCUCAUGAAAUUUCUUCUGGAAACUAA